AUGGCCUUGAAGUACGUGGUGCCUUUGGCCUCGACAGCAGUCGCUCAGAUCGUCAAUGGAGUCAACCUGACAUGUCCCGACUAUUCCGUGUACUCCACAGAACAGCAUGGCCCAUUCUCGGGCGGUAGAUUCAACCUCUCCUACCAGCGACCAGUACCACGAUGUCGCACAUUCAACUCCUCGGUGGUCGAACAGAAAAUCGAGGAAAUAUCGCUGAAGAUCUCAGACCCGGACUUGAGCAGACUCUUUCUGAACUCCUACCCCAACACCUUGGACACUGCUGUGAAGUGGAAGGGCUAUGCCAAUGGAUCGCAAGAUGAAGAGCUGACAUUCUUGAUCACUGGCGACAUCAACGCCAUGUGGCUGCGCGACUCGGCCAACCAAAUGCAGUCCUACCUACCACUUUUGGAACCAUCUUCGGAGCAGAACUCAUUGGCAUCAUUGUAUCGUGGUGUCAUCAACUUGCAAGCUCGCUACUUGCUCAUCGACCCAUAUUGCAACUCCUUCCAACCACCGACAGAAUCUGGAAUAGCACCAUCCGAAAACCCUUCAGCGAGCGACGAUAUGGUGACGCCAAGGUAUGACAACGCUUCAGUCUUUGAAUGCAAGUACGAGCUCGACUCGCUCGCAGCCUUCCUCGAGAUCUCGCACGACUACUACAACGCUACCCAAGACAUCGACUUCUUCAGGCGCUACAGUUGGGUGAAGGGAGUGGAAGCAGUAUUGAAAGUUGCAGAAGAGAUGAUGCUACCCACAUACGAGCCGGAUGGAAGAGUUGCGAACAUCACAUACACAUUCACGAGAAUGACGGACAGGUCGACGGAGACGCAGGCCAACGAUGGUUUGGGCAACCCUCUUAACAAUGGCACUGGCUUGGUACGAUCCUUCUUCAGGCCAAGCGACGAUGCUACCAUCUACCAAGGCUUCAUCCCAGCCAACAUGAUGUUCUCGAGGUUCCUUGGAUCUACUGCCGACAUCAUGGCUCAAAUCGAUGGGCAGGACGCGCUCGUGACCAAAAUGCGAGACAUGGCAUCGUGCUUGAGGGAAGCCAUCACCAAGUGGGGGAUCGUACACCUUCCUGGCCACGGUCAGGUAUACGCUUUCGAAGUCGAUGGCUACUUCUCGCAGAACAUCAUGGAUGAUGCGAACAUACCGUCCUUGCUGUCGGCGCCUUUUAUUGGCUAUCUGGAUGUGAACGACGAAGUGUAUCAGAACACUAGGAAGCUGCUACUUACUCCCGCCAACCCCUACUUCUUCACUGGACCAGUCAUCAGCUCAAUUGGCGGCCCACACCAAGGACCAGGAAUGGCGUGGCCUAUGGCAUCGAUCGUUCGUAUAGCCACGACCAGUGACGAUCAAGAGAUCACCCAACAGCUACAGGAGAUUGUCAGCAGUACUGAUGGCUUAGGUUUGAUCCACGAGUCCAUCAACAGUUUCAAUGUUAGCGAUUGGACCCGUCAAUGGUUCUCUUGGGCGAAUGGACUUUUCGGGCAGAUUAUUCUUGAUCUUGACGACCGAAAGCCAGAUAUUCUCAAACAGAGCUUUCAAGGCUAG